AUUUUGUUUUUUUUUUUUUUAAAAAAAAAGCAUAAUUUAAAAAAAAAGUGUUACCAGCGUCGCGUGUGCCAUUUUACAUCGCUAUUGAAUUGUGUUUGUUAUUGCUGGACAAAACACUCUUUUUGGACUUAAAAUUUUUUUUCUCGCGCAGUUUUGGUCCUGAUUUAUAUAAUCGCUAUUUUUCGCUAGUGAUUAUACUGGAUAUAAUAAUUUUUUCGGACUCGAAAAAUUUCUCAGUGCGCAGUUUCAGUCCUAAUUCAUAGAAUCGCUGUUUUUCGCGAGUGAUAGGCUUUUGUUCUUCUCAUGACAACAACCAGACUGAAACCGAAUUCGUGUUCCUCCUCGCGACCGGCACGGUCGACAUCGAUGCGCUAACCCGGAGCACGGUCCGCGAGUGUCAAAAUGACAAUGGUCAAGAUAGAGGAGCUCCAGCGCCCGAUCAUGGCCCGCACGCCGCUCAAGAGCUCCUUCUCCAUCAGCUCCAUCCUCCCGGAGACGGCUCUCUCCAAGCCCACGAGCGCGCCCACGAGCCCGGCCUCCUCCGCCUCCUGCUCCGAGGAGCCCGCCAGCGACGUGGACUACGACCUGGACGUCACCGGCGGCGCCACACCCCCACCCCUCGACUGCUCCAAGUCCAAAGAAGACCCCGACAAAACCCCCGACGAGAAGAAAAAGAACGAGAAACCACCCUACAGCUACAACGCCCUCAUCAUGAUGGCCAUCCGCCAGAGUCCUGAAAAACGCCUCACGUUAAACGGGAUCUACGAGUAUAUAAUGAGAAACUUCCCUUACUAUCGUGAGAACAAACAAGGCUGGCAGAAUUCCAUCCGGCAUAACUUAUCGUUAAACAAGUGUUUUGUCAAGGUGCCUAGGCACUACGACGAUCCCGGUAAAGGGAACUACUGGAUGCUCGACCCCAGUUCGGACGAUGUCUUCAUAGGAGGCAGCACGGGGAAGCUACGUCGACGAUCUACAGCCGCCUCCAGGAGUCGCUUGGCCGCCUUUAAACGUUCUGUUGUACUUGGAGGUCUUUAUCCACCGGCACCUCCAGGUUUCCCACCGGGCGCGAAUUGGAUGUCGCCCCUGGGGCAGUUGUACUACAAUCACGCGGCACUGUAUCAAAGGUAUCCGUAUCCUGGUUUUCUGAACCCGACGCAGCCCACGCUGUUGAAGCCCACGCCGGUAGCCCACAACGGGUUCUCCAUGGAGCGGCUCCUGGGCGACGCGCCCAUGAGCUCCGUCUUCAAGCCGGCCAUGUUCCCGGCGAGCCCGUACGACUUGUACUCGAGCCUCCGGCAGCAGCAGCUCCUGGCGAUCACGUCCGGGGCGAGCUCCACGUCGCCGGAACCCCCGCGACCCGUCAACCAGAUCAUCAAACCGGUCACCGUCCUCUCCAGGCCGGCCAGCUAGGGGUCGGGGUUCUUUUAGGAUUUUCAAUUUUCCGGGACGAGGGGUUUGUCGUUUGAGGCCAGGGCAGGUUUCGAUCAUGAGUAGACACUAUGCCACUGGUAAAAAAAACCCUCUUUGUUCAAGAGGGCAGUUUC